UUAUUAUUUAAGCUGCCACAUGUGUUGUUUGACUUGCAGCACACCCGUGUCUGCCGGCUGACAGUACUCUCCAUCUUGUUGCCUCUUCAUCUAGACAUUGUGCCACCUACCUAGGCAGUCACCUACUCAUCAACUCGUUCCCAACGUCCUGACAUCGCGACAUUGGUCCCGAUCCCGACAACGGCCAUCAUGGCUCGUCCACGUCGAACGUCGAGCAAUCUUGGGGGUGAUCCCCGUGGAGACACCAGCGCCCCUGCGUGGGCGACGAUGACACCAAAGCUGCCGCUUCAGCCUUCUAAUAGCGAGAAAGAACUCAAGCCUCACUCGAAGCGACGGAAAGCUCGCUCGGCGUUCCGCAAAUGGAAGAAUCUCUCCUACCGUCAUACCUGGCUGAACCCUCUCGUUUUGAUGCUGGCCAUCCUUGGGGCCUACUUUGUCAACCCUGGAGAACAAAACCCCUUGCACAAAGCCAUUUUCUUAUCAUACCCGUUGGGACCGGACUACCCAGGCGGACCAAACAUGUACGGGAAGGGCUAUGCGGACUGGGCCUUCGUGGGUUUCUAUACGAUCGUCUUGACGUUCACACGAGAGUUCAUAAUGCAAAAACUGCUACGGCCACUGGCCAUCCGCUGCGGCAUGAAAAAGAGAGGGAAGCAGUCACGUUUCAUGGAACAAGUCUACACGGCCAUCUACUUUGGCAUUUUUGGACCUUUUGGACUCUAUGUCAUGAAGCAGGGCCCGCUGUGGUAUUUCAAUACCACGGCCAUGUUUGAAGGAUUUCCUCACCGGAAGCACGAAGGGGUGUUCAAAGCUUACUACCUGUUGCAGGCUGCAUACUGGUCUCAACAAGCCAUUGUCCUCAUGCUGCAACAGGAGAAACCCCGCAAAGACUUCAAAGAGCUGGUACUGCACCACAUCGUGACAUUGUCUUUGAUUGGGUUGAGUUACCGAUUCCAUUUUGCCAAGAUGGGUAUCGCGGUCUAUAUCACCCACGACAUUAGUGAUUUCUUCCUCGCGACGUCCAAAACCCUCAAUUAUCUCGAUUCUAUCAUCGUCGGGCCAUAUUAUUUCUUAUUCAUGGUCGUGUGGACUUACCUUCGACACUACAUCAAUCUUCGCAUUCUGUGGGCGACUUUGACCGAAUUCCGGACCGUUGGACCUUACGAGUUGAAUUGGGAAACUCAACAAUACAAGUGUUGGAUCAGUCAGGUCAUUACGUUUUCCUUGCUGGCUUGUCUCCAGGCCGUCAACCUGUUUUGGUUAUUCUUGAUCCUCCGGAUCGCGAAGAACUUUGCCUUCAAUAGUGUGAGAGCGGACGAACGUAGUGAGGAUGAGGAUGAGGAAGACGACGACGAGCCGACGGAGAAGGACACUGCCAAAAAUGCUGCAAAGGCGGCCAACGGAACCAAACCUGUCGUUCUCGUUAAUGGCGUUCCGGUCGAGAGUGAGUCGAAAGCAGAAGGCGUCAGGAAGAGGAAGGGGUGAUUCCGUUCCACGUUGUUUUGGUUCUUUUCACCCUUGCCCUAACUUUUAGAUGCCAUGUCAUAACUGAACUUUUUAUUUUCACGAAUACUCCUUAUUAAUAUACUAAUAGAAAUCAUGAAAUGAAAUUCUC